GGUUUCGUGUUUAUCUCAUGCCAGCUGUUACAUGUCAUUUGGAAUCCUUCCAAACGCCUAUAGCAUUAUCUUGAAGGGGGGCUGGGUGUGCCUAUGUUCCACUGCAUCUAUAAAACCCCUCUGUUUGCAGCGAACGCGGCAUUGAACUUGAAAAAAAAAAAAAGUCCAGAGGAAAGAUGAGUCUUUCUGCUAAGGACAAGGAGAUAGUCAAGGCCUUUUGGGCUAAAGUGUCGGGAAGGGCGGAUAACAUUGGCGGUGACGCUGUUGCCAGGAUGCUGACAGUGUACCCUCAGACCAAGACUUACUUCUCCCACUGGAAGGACCUGAGCCCCAGCUCUGCCUCAGUGAGGAAACACGGAGGAAUGGUGGCAGCUACAAUAACCGAUUCUGUGAACAAAAUCGACAACCUGGCAGGGAGUCUUCUUACCCUCAGUGACCUGCAUGCUUUCACUCUGCGAGUGGACCCUGCAAACUUCAAGAUUCUUGCUCAGAACAUCCUGGUGGUUCUGGCCACUAUGUUCCCCGUCGACUUCACCCCUGAGGUCCAUAUGGCUUUAGACAAGUUCCUGGCUGCCUUGGCUCGUGCCCUGUCUGUGAAAUACCGAUAAAUUGCAUACUGGAGGCGACGAGCGGCGGCAGGGGCUCAGAUAGCUACUCACUGCCAGUCUGAAUAUGAAUAAAUCAAAUGCAAUGAAACUGCCGUGUUUGUUUGGGUUUUUUGUGUGGUGUAAAGUAAAAAUACAGGAGCAGAAUAAAAAAUUAAAAUAAAACAAUGCCAGAAUGAACACACAAACUAUUUUAAGACUGACGAUGAACAUGAGAACUUUAACGAGUUGUAUAUCUGGAGGAUAACUGGUAUUCCUAAAGAAAAUGCAAGCAAUUUGUGAAAAGCAUAUCUUUCUACUGCGAAAACUCAAAAAUAUAACAGUAUGAAAGUUGUCUACUAAUCGCUGAUUGUGAAAUAGCCUAUACUGGAAUGAUUGGAACAAAACAUUACAGGGAAUGAGCUCUAAAAACAAACAAACAAACAAAAAAAAACUCUUAUACAAAUGU